AUGAUGCGUGAAAGCGAAGCUGCUCCUGUAAUUAUACUUAAUAAAAGUACCACUCGUGAAAGUGGUAAUAAAGUACAAUUUGGUAACAUUGCUGCUGCCAAGACUAUUGCUGAUGUUAUUCGUACAAGUUUGGGCCCACGUGCAAUGUUAAAAAUGUUGUUGGAUCCAAUGGGAGGAAUAGUUAUCACGAAUGAUGGUAAUGCAAUUUUGCGUGAAAUUACGGUGAAACAUCCAGCGGCAAAAACAUUAAUCGAAAUAGCUCGUACACAAGAUGAAGAAACUGGUGAUGGUACUACAUCAGUUAUAGUAAUGACUGGCGAAGUGAUGUCGCAAGCACGGCAGUUUUUAGAUCAGAAUAUCCAUCCUACUUCCAUUAUUCAGGUGGGUUAUCGAAUGGCUUUGGAAGAUAUGAUUGUGCUCGCGAAAAAGAAGUUCAGUAAGGUUAUUGACAUAAACAAUGACGAGGAGAUGGGUUCUGUUGUAAAAUCAUGUCUGGGUACAAAAAUGUUGUCGAAAUGGAUUGAUCUAGCUAUCAAAAUAGCAUUAAAUGCAGUCAGGACUAUUCGAGUCACUGAACAUGGCCAUGAAGAAAUCGAUAUCAAGCGAUACUGUCGUAUUGAGAAGAUACCUGGUGGACGUAUUGAAGAUUCUCAGGUGAUAAGAGGUGUAGUGUUAAAUAAGGAUGUGACGCAUGCAAAGAUGUCACGUUGUAAGGAAAAGCCGCGUAUUGUAUUGCUUGAUUGCAAUAUAGAAUAUAAGAAAGGUGAAAGUCAAAUGUCGCUCGAAAUCAUGAAAAAAGAAGAUUUCAGCAAAAUUCUUGAACAGGAAGAAGAAGCAAUUCGGAGAAUGUGUAACGAUAUAAUAGCUGUGAAACCAGAUAUUGUUUUCACAGAGAAAGGCAUUUCUGAUUUGGCUCAACAUUAUCUUCUACAAGCUGGUAUCACGGCAAUAAGACGUCUGAAAAAAAGUGAUAAUAAUAGAUUGGCUCGUGUAUCUGGAGCUACGAUCGUCAACGACACACAAAAUCUCCGUGAGGAGGAUGUUGGCAAAAAUUGUGAUUUGUUUGAAAUUACAAAAAUUGGAGAUGAGUACUAUACUUAUGUUACUUCGAAAAAAGCAACUGCAGAUGUUAUGAAUGAACUGGAACGAAACCUUCAGGAUGCACUGAAUGUAGUGCGCAAUGUCAUGUUGGAUCCACGGCUCGUUCCAGGUGGUGGUGCCUUGGAAAUGGCAUUAGCUCAUGCUUUAAAUGAGGAAGGUAAGUCAAUCGGAGGUGUUCGUCAGUGGCCGUAUAAAGCAGUCGCUCAUGCACUUGAAGUCAUUCCGAGAACACUGGUGCAAAAUUGUGGAGGAUCAACAAUUCGGCAGCUGACAGCUUUGCGAGCAAAACAUGCGCAAUCUGCUUCCAAUUGGACGUGGGGAAUCGAUGGAUAUACUGGUCAACUGGUUGACAUGAAUAUCACGAAUAUUUGGGAUCCGCUCAUCGUCCGCCUACAAGUUUUGAAGACAUCAAUUGAAACAUCAGUGAUGUUGCUAAGAAUCGAUGAUAUCGUUUCUGGGAUGAAAAAACGUGAAGAAACAGGGCAUGGUGACAAUAAUGAUUCGUAAAU